CAAACAAUCCAAGAUAAAUAACUUAUAUUCCUUGUUGUGAAUAGGUCAUUCACGUCCAUUCCUAUUUAUAAUAUUAAUCUUGUGCUGAUAACAAGGUAAACGUAAUCCGAACAUAAGUUUAUACAUGGAGUAACUUUUAUCAGUAACAUGUAUGCGAUUUAUACAUUGUGCAUAUUUGACUCAAGGUUAAUUGGUGGUAAACAAACACUCCACUAAAUAUUUGGAUAGACUAAUGAUAUCAAUAUUGAAUCACUGAAUUUUGUUUACGCUAAUUUGUGUUUUAUUCUUUCUAUAUGUAUGAACAUAUUUUAUACAAGCUGGUUUAGAAACUGCAAAAAAAUUGUUCAAUAUGGCGAAAUGAUUUAUACGAUAAAGUAAUUGAGUAAAAGUUAACAAAUCAGGCUAGCAACUAUAAAAAUGUGAAUUUUCGGAUUAUCUAUUCCUAAUUGUGACGUAAUCGAUUCGUGUACACGUGGAUUGCUUAUCCCUUUAAUUGUGACAUCAUCGUAAAGAACUCAACAGGAAAGGUCACUGAUAAGAAUGCAACAGGAACGAAACAGGAGACGUCACUGAACAGAACGCUACAAGAACAACAGGAAAUGACGAUGCAUGAUCAAAAUGAUUCGGCAAGCAAGCAAGAAUUUAACUCAAAUGAGACAACCAAAACAGUUAUAGAGUACGGGAGAAAUGGGAAAGUACAAAACAAAAAUGAAGAGAACUUGACAUUUAAGCAUCAAAUGUUACAUACAAUUUGUAUCUGUAUCAGCAUCUUUACACUGGGAUGGAGAAACGCUUUGAUUGGUCCAACUUUGCCUGAUCUUAGAAUCAUUUUAGACGAGAAUCUUGCCACGACAUCUUGGAUAUUUACAGCUAAGUCACUAGGUGGAUUACUUGGUGCUAUCUGUGGUGGUUUUGCUUAUGAUCGUUUCAAUAAAAUAGUAGUGUUCGUCGUCACUAUUAUAGUUAUGGGUGUUUCGGCUGCCCUCACACCUUGGUGCUACCACCUGGCGGCAAUGUUGGUCGUUCAUGGGUUUCAUGGAAUUUGCGCAGCUGCUCUUGAAACAGCGGCAACAGCUGACAUGGCCCUUGUGUGGAAACAGAAAGCCGGACCUUAUAUGCAAGCUGUGCAAUUUGCGUUCAGUGCUGGAGCGAUUGUAUCCCCUUUGGUUGCAGAGCCUUUUUUAGCCGAUUCAAUUAGUUUUCCCGCUAAUUUUGAACCGCUUGUUUCAAAUACUUCCACGUUGGCACCACCGUAUUUGAAAACGACAGGAAAUUUAAAAGCUGUUACUGAAAGUCAAAGUGAACAAAUAAAUGGCAACACUUCUGUUACUGUAUACGGAGAAACGUUAAUUUAUAUUCCAUACGGUGCGACGUCACUCCUUUGUUUACUGUCUGCCGGUUUUUAUGUUGUGAUUUACUGCGUUUACGGCAGUGUAUAUAACACUCUUAAUAAUGUUCCUGAUUGUGAAAUAAGUUCAAAUCGAAACCGAUACUUCUUGAGUAAAAAGGUGAAAUAUAUAUUUACCAUGCUAUUAGCAUCGGCUAUGUUGCUCUAUGUCGUAAGUGAACAUAGUUUCAUAGGAUUUCUCAUGACAUUUUUAGUAUCGGAGCGAAAAUGGAGUAAAGCAAUGGGGUCUGUAGCGUCUUCUGUAUUUUGGAUUACUUUUUCAGUUGGCCGAUUAGUUGGAAUUGUUGUUAUAAAGUUCAUUAGUAUGUCCUCAAUGAUUUUCAUAUUUAGUGUUAUAUAUACUUCAGGUUCGGUGUUAUUUCUCCUAGCUGUGAUAUUUGAUCAAGUCAUUUUGGAGUGGGUGUCCAUUGGAGUUAUUGGUUUCGGAAUGUUUGUUCUAUUUAGCUUAGUAUUUUCAUGGUUGUCUAAAAAUGUCCGCACUUUGACGGGUAAAAUGGCGAGUAUUUUCUUUAUCUUUAUGAGCGUUGGGAACAUGGGUGUGCCUAUUUUAAUUGGAUAUCUGAUGGACAAAGUUUCCCAAAUGUGGUUCAUUUAUUCAAAUAUAUGCCUGAGUUUUGCUAUGUUUGCAAAUUUUAUUUUUGCUUUGGUUUCUUUUAAUUUAAUGAAGAGAGUUCAUAAAAGAUCAGAAAAAGCUAAUGUUAUGUUAAAAGUUGAAGGUGGGGUUUAAAAUGACAAAGUGAAAAUCGUUUUCGAAAUAAAUUACAUAAACAAAAGGUUCGUCUUAUGUUGUUUAAAGUUUUACUUGCUUAUAUAGGUUUGUAUUACAAAAUUAUGUCCUUCUGUACAGUAUGCAUUCAUGAAUAAGUAAUACUAGCAGGUAGUUCAAACAUCAACCAUCCUAGAAAUAUGUACCUAGUUUUUUUUUAAGUAAAACAUGAUACA